AUGCCUCCCCAACCUGUACCACCGCCACGCACCAAGCUCGGUCACCACCGUCUCCUUUGUCCCAAUGCGUCCAUCCUCGUCUCUCCUCUCUGCCUCGGUGCUAUGGGCUUCGGUGAAAUAUGGGGCCCGGAGAUGGGGGAGUGCAACAAGGAGAGCAGCUACACAAUCCUUGAUAAAUUUCAUGCCGCGGGUGGUAACUUUAUUGACACUGCCAACUUCUACAUGGCGGGGCAGUCAGAAGAGUGGGUUGGGGACUGGAUGGCUGACCGCGGAGUCAGAGAGCAGAUGAUCAUCGCCACCAAGUUCACGCUGCCCUACAAACUCCCCGAGCAGAUGCCGGAAGGAAGUAUCACAUCCAACUUCGGUGGCGCGAAUAGAAAGAGUCUCCGCCUGUCGCUGGCAGAGAGUCUCAAGCGACUGAAGACGGACUAUGUCGACAUCCUUUAUGUGCACGCCUGGGACGGAGUGACCAGCAUCCCGGAGCUAAUGAGAUCUCUUGAUGACGUUGUCAAACAGGGUAAAGUCCUGUAUCUGGGAAUCUCCAAUUGGCCAGCGUGGUUGGUCGUCAAGGCAAAUGAUUAUGCCCGGCAACACUGCUUGACUCCGUUCGUGGUCUACGAGGGUUUGUGGAACGUUGUGGCCCGAGACAUCGAGCGAGACAUAGUCCCUAUGUGUCAGGCCGAGGGAAUGGCGAUCACAGUGUGGGAGUCAAUGGGCGCUGGAAAGUUCAAAAGCAAGGCUGAGAAGGCACAAAAGGGAGGAAGGCCAGAAUAUGACCUCUCUGGAAAGGGACUGGACGCAUAUGAGCGUGCCACCGAAGCCUUGGAACGAGUCGCCAAGAGGAAGGGAACAAACGCAGUUGGCAUCGCUUUGAGAUAUGUCACCCUAAAGGCGCCGUACGUAUUCCCGAUCGUGGGGGGCCGGAAGAUCGAACACCUUCAAGCCAACAUCGACAAUUUGAGCAUCCAGCUCUCGGAAGACGACAUCCGAGAAAUCGAAGAAGCAGUUCCGGCGAAUCUGGGUUAUCCUCACGCGUUUCUGUCAGGCAAGGGUGACAAGCAUGUUGGGCCGACACGACCGACAAAGCUGGAGCUGUGGUGGGGGGCGUUUGAGGGCGUAGAGGAACUAAAGCUUCUUUCAACUCAACCGAUCACAAGCACGAGUGGAUCGGACCAGCAUGUCGAGAAUCUCAAUCCCCAUGCUGACGGAAAAGACCUUCAGUUUCCAACUCCAAGUUUGGCUCGCGGAGAAGUUUCUCACGUUUGUGAGCAACUCAGAGCUGCCUUGCCACCCUAUAAUGAAUUGAAAUCAUGUUUUUCUGGAGACACAAAAUGGUGGGACUUCUGGCAUAUCAAGACUUUCGGAACAGAUUCCUCUCACGAGACCCUGCUGGAGUUUCUGGAACGAGUCUACACGAUGGGUACUCCCGUAGAACUCGGGUUUCUUGUCUCAUCCUAUGGCCGUCACAAUGCCGCCGAGGCUUCACAAUUUCUUCCGCUUGUGGAUCGUCUCGUACUUGCUGGCGAACGAUUCGCGAGCAACGUGGAAGGUCUCCUUCUGACCGUCUUCCAUGCAAAAGUGUAUCUCGACGUUGGUCAACCCCGCCGCGCUUUUCUAUGCAACCGUCACGGCAUUUCACUGGCUCAGAUUAUGAACCUCCACCGCAAUUAUUCGAGCUCCCCUAGACGAAGUGCAGCAUGGUGGACACUCUAUCUAGGUGAUCGAUUCUUGUCCGUCCUGCUUGGCUUACCAUAUGCUAUCUCGGACGAUUCUUUCAUCAUCACAUAUGCAGACAAGACAAGCGAAGUUGGCCACGCAACCUUACCCUUUGCGAUCCGCUUAGGCAUGCUCACAGGCCGUGUGAUUGACCAAGUUCAGAGUCGCAAAGGACCCAAAUUCUCCGAGAUCCUCGAUAUCGAUGACGAGCUCACUUCCCUUGCUAGCACAAAACCAAUACAUUGGUGGGAUCACCAGAUUCCGGCAAAUUCUCAAUCGGAUGACAUGAAUGAGUUACGAGAGAGGCUCAUAUGUCAGACGCAAUACUUCCUUACCAGGAUAUACUUGCAUUUACCAUAUCUCUUGAAGUCGCCGACAUCCCAUCUCUACGUGAACAGCAGGCUGACAGCGGUCGAAUCAGCAAGAGAUUUGUUGAGACGUUAUCUGUCUUUACGAUCUCAAUUUAACAGCCAACCCAUCUUCGAUUGCCAGUCAGUCGACUUUGUGGGUUUCAUGGGUGCAGUCAUCCUGGUUAUUGGGUCGUUCUGUGACUCCGGAGCCCCUCCGAGGACCGUUGAUGUCGAGUUGGCCAACGAGACUAUGGGGGUGUUGCAGAGAGUGGCUGCAAACAAGAUCAAUCAUCUUUCACGCGAAUGUCAUAAAACAUUGGCAACUCUGCUUUCGCUGGUCCAUGUGGACGACUCAUUGCGCUCUACAGUCCCUUCAAAAAUCUCAAUACCUUAUUUUGGAACUCUUUACGUGGCUUCGGAACGCCACUUGAAGUCUAGCAGCCUACAGACUUCGAGUCAGCAGAGCACCCUCCCAGACUAUCCGGCCAGUCUUUCAAACUCUUUCAUCAAUGUUCCCGACGCUGUUCUGAAUUGCCAAUCCUCAACUAUCGCUUAUGAAGGUAUGUAUAGCUUUGACUCAGACUUGUUUCAGACACAGGAUGAAUUUCCCCAAGUGUCUUGUUCGCUUGAUAUUAUGCCGGACCUGGAUCAAGACUGGGAGUCAUUCUUCAAUUCAGACAUUUAA